GAGAACUCCAUCCUAACUCGUCAAACUCAUCUCAGAGCCAAUUCACCUUGCUUCUCAAAAGUUUUUGCUUUCAACGGAUCCUAUACUCACAUAAAGACAUUGUUUUUUUAGAAAACAAUGAGUACAAUCCUUGGAAAGCGAAAGAAUGUAAAUUCACUCGCUUCUGAUCAAUCUAAACGCAUUUCUGUUGAAACAAGAUCUUUUGACAAUGGUAUUACGCAUCUGUAUCCAGAUUGGUUAAAGGGCGAUUAUUACCAUGUUUUCCCUCUAUUAAAAAGGCUACAUUCUGAUAUUUCUAAUGACCUUUCCUUAACUGGAACCUGUUACCCCGAUCUCGGAUAUGUAUUAUUAAACUCUAAAAAUGCUUGUUAUGCGUUUAGCUAUCAACAUUCUCAGACCUUAAAAGACCCUCCUACUAUUACUUUUCCUUUGCCUGAAGAAAAUGAUGCCGAUGAUCCCGGGCUUAAUCCACUAACAGCUAUUGUUUCUUCAGAUAUUCCCGAUAGAGAUCCAGGGAUUUUGAUUGUGAUGCCUGUAAGUGGACGCAUUGCCUAUUGGACUUGUAUAGGAAAUGCUCUCGCUCAACCCAUAGUAAAGCCUCAAGGAGUGGAAAGUAAGCUCAAGCUAUCAAGUAAUGAAUAUUGCUUACGACUCCACUGUGCUCAUCCUUUUCUGUAUAUUGUAUCUACAAACUUUGGUCGACUAUUUUCCAUUAACCUACGAGACUCCGCUGGCCUUCCAAACAUUUGCUUGAAUACAGUGGCUUCUCAUGGUGGAUUGCUAUCAAAAUGUCUCGAAAAAUUGAAGAUAAAAAAUCCAUUUGCGUCUUAUGCAGUUUCUAUCAUGUCACCUCCUCUUUCGUCCUCUUUUAGACACCUCUUGUAUGUAACUGAUUCUUCAGGUGUAGUGGAUAUUUACGAUUUAAAGGAUGAAGUCAAGCACGUUCGCGUUGACCUUGCAUCUACGUUCUUGAAGGUCUUGGAAGAAGCUGAUAUAGUUGCUGAAGACUUUCAAAUUCUUGACUCGGCAAUCACAUCUCAAGAUGGUGAUUUAAUAACCUUUCUCGGUUCUUGGAAACGUGGAUCAAGGCACAAGUAUACUCUCUAUACGUGUGACUUUUCCAAUAUCUCAAAUCCUCAUUUAGUGUUCGUCUAUUCUUUAAGCUAUACCUCCUCAAAAAAGCAACUGCUCAAAAUCCAAUAUCCUUUCUUUGGAUCUUGUUUCGUUCUUGUAUCCCCCAAUGCCGUAAUCAUUCUAAAUGCCCGUAUGGACGUGGAUUAUAAUACAAUGUAUUGCUAUCGGGAAAAUGUUAUUCGGUUCAAAUCCAAUGUUUCUGGUGAUAUUAUUGCCUCUGGAUGCAAACAGCUGUCUUUAAACUCGAAAUCAUCACUAGGUCACCCAAAGCUUUCCUGUUUGGUCGUUACAUCCAAAGCCGGCGUUACCGAAAUUGAAAUCCACGGUGAUGCUCAGCAGUUAAAUACUACCGAAUCCUUAAAAAAACAGAUUGAAGAAGCAGUCUUUUACGGUUAUAUAUGCGAAAACCCGCUAGAUUUCAGCUGGAAAUCUACUUCCCGACCUAAGAUUUCCGAAAUUGAAAGUCUCAUUUUUUCCAUUGGAAAAGAGAUCAUAACAUCGUCUUCUUCUCAUUUACCGCCUGCACUUCCUUCGUUAAUACAACAUUUGGAUCUAAGAUUAAAUUAUUUGAACAAUUUGGUUCGCUACGUUAAAGAUAUACCCUACGAUAUAAGUGAUGGAUUGUUAUUUUCCUUGCGUGUCUUAGGAGAAAAGUGCAAUGCUGCCAGAUCCCUCUGGGCAACUAUCGAUUUAGAAAUGAGCACUGCGAGCCGUUCGUUAAUUUUCCAAAGAAUCAUUUUCAAGUUAGGAAAGGAAGCCAAGUUGGAUAACUCUGUCCGCAAUUGGUUUAUGCGAAAUAUCGACAGCAUAGAACAUCUUAUAAUGCAAGCUCACAAUUUUUGUAUUGACACUGCCUCAAGGGUUCAAGAGCUUCCAGUGGAAGUCAUGAAUGUCGUUUUAGAAUCCAACGAAAUUAUUCUGGCUAUUUUGUCAUCAGCAUUGACUUAUCGUAUGGAGACACAGGGAAUUUACAGUCUGAACGCAGACUCCUUCGAAAAUAAAGUACCAUGGACUUCUACCCCAGACGUUUUGACAGCUUUAACGCGACAAUUUGAGCUUACAAAGUCUGCUUUAUUUCAAUUUCAACAAGGAGAGCGUGAUUCUGGAAGAGAUCUUCUUUCAAGAGAUAAAGAUGUUGUAAGAAACGCUUUGUCAAACAUGCAAGUUCAACUGGUGGUAUUAACUGAAGUGUGUUUCAAUGCUUAUACCGAGAGACUGGGCUGGUUAAGUGAACAUGAAGACGAUGGUGAGAAUAAAAAGGAGUUAGAAGAAGCGUUUACAAUAAAUAGAAAGUUCUGGAUUCAAACUUUGUUUGAAAUUGGUCAAGGCGGAAAUGCCUUGCGAGUUGCAGAAAAAUAUCGAGACUACCGGUCAGUUGUGGAGUUGUGUUAUCAGAUUUUUACGAAAAAAGAAUUCGAUGAGCAAAUUGGCGAUUAUCUGUCGAAGUUUGGAAAAGAGUUUUCUUUUGUCUUGUAUGAUUAUUAUGUGGAAAAAGGAAUGUCGGUAGAGUUACUGAAUAGCGAUAAGCAUAAGUUAAACUUCCUGACUGAAUACUUUAAUUACCGAGGCUAUAAUGAAGUAUCGUGGAUGCAUGACAUGCGUGAAAAAAAUUACGAGCUUGCCUCACAUAGAUUAUUGCAGUUGGCCAACAAGAAAGAAAAGUCGGUUGAAAAGAAGGAGAUUGAACUGUCAUUAGGAAAAAUUUUCUUGUAUGCAAAUCCCAAGGGCCCGGCCAAAUCUAAGGACCUUGUCUUGAUAGAACAAAAGUUGGAACAAAUCCAUAUCCAAAAAAUGAUUGCAAAAACGAUUAUGCCCGUCGUUCAUCGCCUUCGAUUGCAAGGGAAAAAAUAUCAGCUCGUUGAAGCCGUCAUUGAGGAAAUAACAGAUGGCAAGCCAAUUCCCGUCCUUGCGCGACAGGUAAUGCACCGAGUUAUUAAAAGUUUGAUCGGCCACCAAGUGGUAGCGGUGACAGAAUUAAUUGAGUAUUUGAGUUUUUCUUUGUAUAGAAAGAGCGAACUUCGAAUGGAAGAUAUGACGGACUAUUACUUUUCCUUACGUCUAUUACUUACCACGAGAUUAACAGAUGAAGCAAAAAAGUUUUAUGAAGACACAAUCUGGAGAAGGGCUGUGUUGAAUGAUAAAUGGUCUGAAGUUUUGGAUACUAAAAACAAGAACGAUGCAGCCAUUGAAGCGCAAGUGCGCAUGACUGCCUUGUAUCAAACCUUACACUUAACGGCUAUUAACGGUUUAUUCCAGGAAGGAUUGGCGAAGCCUACAUCUCUUUCAUCCUUUUUAUUCGACGAAAAAAUUUAUGGAAGCAUCCCCAUGAUCUAUUCACCGGCUAAGUUUGGAGACACGCAGGAAGUAAUUAAAAUACUAAAUCGCGAAAGUAAUCUUUUAAAGCAUUAUCUGGACAAAACAAGCUUAAACACUUGGUUUGUUAGCAUGUCACUUAGUUGUGAUAGCUUCUGAAAGAAUUUAAAAAAUGCCUCCUCGUGCAAAUAUCUAUGAGAUUUUGUUUAGUAAUGCUUAUAGUAUGAUUUUCAAGUCCGUUUUUCUCGUCUUGAUUAAAUCUUAUUAUCACCAUCGUUCACUACAGUAAUUAUUAGAUGCAAAAUGAGU